AUGAGCAACGAACCCCCGUUGUUGCGCUGCCCACUUUGGCAGUCCAUCGUGGAGACGGAACCGCGUCUGGUGGAGGUCUUUGAGGCGUCCGUGAAGGAAUCCAACCGGUUCGUGGAGGUCUUCCGCGGGUGCGUCGAUCUCCCCGUGCGGGACUUUCGCCUCGCGGAGGUGAAACACGAAGAGGGCACGGUGCUAAGCCCGGACGCCGCCAGGGCGCUGUCAUUUCCGGCGGGAGGAAGGCCCUACCUCUUCCACCACCUCGCGGCGAUGCCCUUUGUGGUGACGCCGGGCGUGUGCGACCGCGGCGAGGGCGGGGAGAUGCACAUGAGAACCGGCGCCCUCCUCGCCCUCACCGAUAUGCUCACCUCCUUCCACGUCUGGGUGGUGAACUUCCCGCAGCCCGCGCAGCACGUCUCGAUUAGCCUUCAGUGCAAUGCCUGCAAACCGCUCGUGGCGGGACGGCAGUACAUCGCGAUUUCGCAGAUCGACCGGCUUGGCAACCGCAUCGUCUACACGAGUAUGGAGUUCAUCGAGGCGAACUGGCCGCCGCACGCACCGCCGCCGUCGUCGUUGGAUACGCUGCCGAAGCUGCGUGAAGCGUUGCGGCAUUGUGAAGUGGUGGUGAACGCCAAGCACACGAAGUCGAUCAUCCCCUCCAACGGGUUGAAACGAAUCGUCGAACCCGCGACGAAGACGGAGUCGGAGACGGCGAAGUAACCAUCUAGAUGGCAUCCCUCGCAUCGAAUCAAAUGGAAAAAAAAUAGGCAAAGUUACGAAUAAAUCCAUGUCCGAGGGGCUUAUACAACUACCCUGGGAGCGGAAAGCCUAGUGGAAAGUUUGAACUUUCGUGAGGUUAUUUACUUACAUAUGAAGGAAGUGAAAGAAACGCUCCUCCAUCCGAUUUCCAUUCGAUAUGAAUGGGGUAUUUUUAUUGAUAUCUAAUUAUUAUCAUUUCCUUUUAUUAUUGACCUUUUAUAUCCGAUCAAGUUUAUGAAAUUUGUGGGAGAGCGUCCGAAUGGUCGGUGUCAUGUUUUUUCUUUUCUAUUGAACAUUGCUUUAAUUAUCUCUAAUUCAUUCGUAAUCUCAAAAAAAAAAA